AUGGCAGCGUCGAUGAGAUGGCAUGCAGAACAUGAUCAGAAGGAAAAAGAGAUCAAUCAUCCCUCUGAUGCCAAAGCGUGGAAACAUUUGAAUAAUGUCUAUCCUGAUUUUGCAAGCAACCCCCGCAACGUUUAUCUUGGGCUCUGCACAGAUGGCUUUAGUCCAUUUGGAAUGUCUGGAAGACAAUACUCUCUCUGGCCAGUCUUCUUGACGCCAUACAACCUUCCACCAGAGAUGUGUAUGGAAAAAGAAUUGCUUUUCAUGAGUAUAUUGAUACCUGGACCCAAACAUCCCAAAAGAUCCCUUGAUGUUUUUCUACAACCUUUGAUUGAAGAAUUGAAGGAAUUGUGGUCAACAGGCGUGCAGACAUAUGAUUGUUCAACGAGAACAAACUUUACAAUGCGAGCAGUUCUACUGUGGACUAUUAGUGAUUUUCCUGCAUAUGGGAUGUUGUCGGGCUGGACGACGCAUGGGAGGCUAUCUUGUCCAUAUUGUAUGGGAAGCACAGACGCAUUUCAGUUGAAGCAUGGUAGAAAGACGUCCUGGUUUGAUUGUCAUCGGAGAUUUCUUCUCAUUAACCAUCCGUACCGAAGGAACAAGAAACACUUUCGGUCAAAAAGGAUAGUAAGGGACACCGCUCCACCAUAUUUAUCUGGAGAGGAAAUCGAGAAGGAUAUUGAUUACUAUGGUGGACAAAACACAGUUGCCAAAGGCGGUAAUUGGCAUAAUCCUCCGAAUAUGCCUAAUGGUUACGGGACUCAGCAUAAUUGGCACAAGAAGAGUAUAUUUUGGGAACUUCCAUAUUGGAAAGAUCUGCUGCUGCGCCACAAUCUGGACGUGAUGCAUAUAGAGAAGAACUUCUUUGACAACAUCAUGAAUACGUUGUUGAACGUCCCUGGGAAGACAAAAGAUAACAAGAACUCAAAGUUGGAUUUACCUGCAUUAUGUUCUCGGAUUGAACUGCAUAUUAUGAACGAUGGGAGAAUUCCAGUUCCCAUUUUCAGAUUGUCAGCACAAGCAAAAGCUGCGUUGUUCAAGUGGGUGGCGUCAGAUGUGAAGUUUUCUGAUGGAUAUGUUUCAAAUCUAUCAAGAUGUAUUGAUCAUCAGGGACAAAAGUUUUCAGGAAUGAAGUGUUUUUAUGCAACGACUUCUGCCAUUUGCACUUGCGGAGUUGCUUCCAAAAGAGGCAUCGGAGCUUUUUUCAGAGAUCUUAGUGCACGCACCUUAACUGUAGACGUCAUCACACAACUUGAUGCGAAUAUCCGGAUCUUGAUGUGUAAUUUGGAGAAAAUUUUUCCUCCGUCAUUUUUUGACGUCAUGGAACAUCUGGUUAUCCACCUUCCGUAUGAGGCAAUGCUACGUGGACCUGUUCAUAAUGGAUGGAUGUAUCUUUACGAACGAGCUAUGAAAUAUUUGAAAGGCAAAGCAAAAAAUCUGGCAAGGGUGGAAGGUUCAAUAGUUGCUGGGAGUUUGAAUGAGGAAACAUCUCACUUUACGUCCUACUACUUUGCGUCACAAGUCCGGACCAAAAAAAGGAAUACGAGCAGAUAUGAUGAUGGUGGUGUUAUGCCGACAUAUAUUGUUGAAGAUGUUCCAGACAUAUUUACUCAGAUUGGACGGCUUGGUGGAAAACUAAAAGAAGUUUGCGAUUUUGUUGCCCAAGUCGAAGAAGCUAUACCAGGAAUAUCAACUGCUGAUCUCAACAAAAGGAAAGACCAACACUUUGUGAAAUGGUUGAUUAUGAUGAUCAAUUUUUAUCCUCAAUGGUUUCACGAAUUGAUACAAGGUCUGGUCGGUAAGGUCACCAUUGCAUCUAUGUAUUUCACAAGAGGAUACACUUUUCACACUUACGAAUAUGGAAGUCGACGAGCAACAAUGAACUAUGGAGUAUGUGUGAAAGGUGAAACAGAUUGCUAUGGAAUCUUAAAAGAGAUCAUCGAAGUGGAGUUUCCCGGUGUAGUGAAGCUGAAAUGCGUGCUCUUCAAAUGUGAUUGGUUUGACCCCACAGUCAAUAGAGGUGUUCGAUAUAGCAAGUUUGGUGUUGUUGAUAUAAAUGCUUCACGGAGAGUUGUGAAUGAUGACCCACCGCCAUUACAAAAAGAUGCAGUAAAUGAAGUUGAAGUACCCGAAAAAGUAGAAGAUGAUAUCUUACUUAUUGAUCCGCAUAAUCCGGGAUACGAAGAACUUCUAGACGAUGCAACGAAUGAAGCAAAUGAAGAUGAAUUUGAAGAAAAUGAUGAAGCGGAUGAUGUUUCUGAUGACGAGUGUCAAAACGUUUGUGUUUAA